AUGCCCCUCUCCCCGGUGGCAGGGGAUGAGACAGUGCCGAUGCUGCAGCACUUUGCGCGGCAUUACAAUGACAUCAGCCAACGGCGUGGCGAUGUCGCGCGCGUCUACGCGGUGCGCGCACGAGACAAGGAGUUUGGCCUAUGCCACACGUACGAGCUUGGCCGCUUCUGUCCGUCCAUGCUGCCGUCGGCGCAGCGCAUCCCGCCUAUUGGCGACCUCUUCACGCAGCACAGCACCUCUCCAGUCCCGAAACAGGGCACGCUCGCUGCUGUCGGGGCCCACGAAGCGUGGAUCGCGUGCCUGGCGGCGUGCGAGGAGAUUGACAAAAACACGCCGCAGUCGGAGGCGAUCAGUUCCAGGGAGGCGACUCGCUACAUCUCGAUCUCCCAGUUCGGCGCUGCUGGAUGGCUCGACAUGCGCCCUGAUGGGCUCUACCACACGAAGAUGGUGUCGGCGAUGUUCCUGACGGCGAUACAGCGCAGGCACGGGCUCUACUUGUCGGUGAUUGCGCCCACUCUCGUCGAGCAGGCUGCCGCGGGCGAGGCGAAGUUUCUGCCACGGGGCGUCUACAAGCAGCGAGAAACUACUCGGGUAAUUCUCGAGAACCUCGAGAAGGAAGUGAUCUUCCUCAUCGGUGCGGACGACGACGUCGUCCUCGACCCGCGCCUCGCCGAGCGGCGCCGCCGCGCCCGCACCUCGGGGGCCGCCGCGCCGCCGCCCGCCGCCUCGCGCUGGGCCGGCCGCCAGUCGGACGAGGCGAUCGUUGCGUGCGUCGGUGAGCGGUUCGCGGAGCUGGAGGUGUGCGUGGCCCGAACGCCGGAGGAGCUGCUGCGGAGCAACGCCGAGGCCGUCGUCGUCAUCUCGUACCUCACUCAGACGUCAUUUGCGUGGUACGCUCGCUUCUUUGACGCGCUGCGCGAGCUCGAGGCACGCGGGACCAAGGUGUACCCUUCCGCUGCCUUCAAGCAGCUCGUCUCCUCCAAGGCGGACUACCUCCUCCUCCUCGAGCGGACCGGCCUCCCCGUCUGCCCAACUCGCCUCCUGGGCCAGGCGGCGCUCACCGAGCCGGCGACCUCCUCCGCCACUGACGGCAGCGCGGGCGGCAGCCGGGCGGACCCGGUUGCUCUCGAGGCUGCGCUGCGCUCCUCGCUCUCCGAGCUCGGCCUGCUCUCCACCCGGGAGGGCGGGCGCCCCUCACCCGCCUCGCGCCGCUACGCGCCCUUCCAGCUGGUGAGCAAGCCCUCCAACGCCGACGGCGGGUACGGCGUCGCCUUCUGGCUGGGCGGCGGCGAGGCGGCGGCGGAGGGCGAGGCGGCGGUGGCGGAGGUGCCGUCCGUGGCGAUGCACUACGAGGUGAAGCUCUACUUCCUGCGCCGACAGCCCUUCUACGCGGCCCUCGUCUACGGGAAGGAGUCGGUGGUGGCGAGGGUGGCGAGGCCAGCCUCCGACCCGGCGCUGUUUGCGUACUUUGCGCCUCUGCUGCGCGAGUCGCGCCGUGCGCUCCCUCCCGACGGGCCUCUCGACCCAAAGAUCCUCCUCCGCGUCGACUGGUGCGUCGGCAGGCCGCAGGGGCCAGCGCAGCGCACGCAGGGCGGAGGCGGCGGCAGCGGAGGCGAGGAGGGCGGCGGCGAUAGGGGCGGCGGCGGCGGCAGCGGAGGCGAGGGAGGCGGGGGCGGGGGCGGAGGCGACGGCAGCGGAGGCGAGGAGGGCGAGGGCGAGGCGCGAGGGCGCGAGGCGCCCCCGCCGUCGCCGCGAUCGCUCAAGCGCUCGCUGCAGCUGCGCGCAGGCCGCGCCGAGUCGCCGGAGCGCCGGCUGCGCGCGGCGAUGGCGGCGCAGGCAGAGGCGCCGCUCUCGGGCGAGGAGGCGUACUUCAUCAACGAGGUCGAGAUACACCCGGGCUACUACGUGGAUUGGGACGAGGCGCCCGACGAGACUAUCGAGCCGCUCGCCGAGGCGUACGGAGAGUACCUCGUCGAGCUCCUCUGUGGCCCCGCGCCACCGGCUCCGCACGCGCAGCCGCCAGCGGGGAUACAGAUGCCUCCGGCGUAG